CUGGACUCGAUCCGAUCCAUUUGCAGCCCUAGAUCGAAUGGAAUCCCGCCUUCACCGCGGUUUGGGGGAUUGGGGUAUUGGAGUUUGGUGCUUGUUGAGAGAACCUGUGAAGAACUGGAAGAAAUCGAUCAGACUAGUCCCUCUUGCUUGAACUCAGGUAAGAGAGGCAUUGAAUUAAGGUAGAGAAACCCAACAAUGCUGCCAAGAUGGAGCAGAACAAUUAUCCAUCUCUCCAGGGCUGGACUACACAAGAGUACUGGAACCCCAAAAGAUAUAUAUGUUGCUUACAGAAACCAUUCCAGGGUUGCUGCAGCUACUACUGUAACUUCGACUGAUUCUACAGUAAAAGAUUCGUCAAGCAAACAACCGGUCAACAUAAAUAAAAUGUUUUGGAGCAAGGCAUGUUCUUUGGCCUUGGCCCCUGAUUCACCUCUGUAUGUUGAAGAACUAAAGUAUGAAGGAUUUAAACACAUCAUGCUCAAGCUAUUACUGUUUUAUAGUAAGCAAAGCAAAUCCAUUCGUGGGGCAAAUGUGGUGUACCGGCGCAUUAUUUCACAAGUUGAUAAACCUGCUAUUUAUGAUGUGUUUAACUUGGAGAAAACUUUUAAAACAACAUUUUCUUUGCUUGUACUUCAUAUGUGGCUUUGCUUGCGCCGCUUGAAAGAAGAGGGAAAGGAAGGUGUUGAAUUUGGCCAAUACUUGUAUGAGAUCUACAAUCAUGAUUUAGAAUUGAGAGUAUCCAAGGCUGGGGUUAACUUAUUGUUGACCAGAUGGAUGAAGGAUUUGGAGAAGAUAUUCUAUGGGAAUGUGGUUGCAUAUGAUGCUGCAAUGCUUCCUGAAGCUAGACCAGGUGAAUUCCAAAAUGUGAUUUGGAGGAAUGUAUUCUCUGAUGAUGGUUCACCAAUGCCAAAUGAUGCUGCAUCACAUGCAGUGCAGGCUAUGUCAAGGUAUGCUCGUCGGGAGUCUGCUUGCCUGUCAUUAACAGAUAGAGAAGCUAUCUUUUCUGGCAACUUCAAGUUCAGCUCAUUAGAGAAUCUUCCGUGAUUGCAUGAGCUGAUGAAAGAGUACUUGAUGGGAAUCCUGUACCUUUGCAGCCAAAACAAAGUCUCAUCUGUUAUCUUAGUUUCAAGACAGGCUUCCUAAUCGCAAGUUAAUUGUAAAGUUUUCUUGGCUUGUCAUUGUUAGGAUACUUUAUUGGGCUAAAGGUGAGUAGCAAUAAACAAUCCAUGUUUGUAAACUUUGAAGUAAAUUGAUUCUUCAUUAUUGGGUUGAUCAUUGUCUUCUAAGCUUGUGAGGUUUCCUUUCCCGAAUUACAUAAGGUACAACAAUAGUUGGUGUUAUUUAUAAUUUCAACUCCAUUGUCAUAUCAAGCAUAAGUUACGUUUUAUGAUUACAAUGAGAAGGAAGAUAUGGAUAUUUCCUCUUGUUUCUCUUUA